AUGGCUGCCGCUAUUAAGAAUCUUGUGGACAAGUUUCAGGGCCACUCCGAGCCCGCUCUUCGCGAUCCUUCCGCUGAAGAGGUCCAAGAGCUAAAGCAGAAGUACGAGCAGACAGGACAGUCACAAGUAUUUGCCUUCUACGAUCAACUGAGCCAGACGGAGCAAACUCAGCUUUUCCACCAAGCGUCCAACUUUGACCCGACCCGCAUCAAUGAGCUCGCCGACAAGGCUCUCAACCCUCCCAAGACCGAGGCCACUGGCCCCGCCUCUCUCGAACCCCUCCCCGAAAUCGCCACUGCCUCGAUCCUUGACUCGGACCCGAAAGAUAUCCAGGGUUACUAUGAUGAAGGACUCAAGCUCGUCGCAGAGAGCCAAGUUGCUGUUGUGUUACUCGCAGGCGGGCAGGGAACUCGGCUAGGAAGCUCACAGCCAAAGGGCUGCUUCGACAUCGGGCUCCCUAGUCAUAAAUCCCUUUUCCAGAUCCAAGCGGAGCGUAUCGGUAAACUACAACUUCUUGCAAAGAAGUCAUCAGGCAAGGAUGCCGUAAUCCCUUGGUACGUGAUGACGAGUGGGCCGACACGCAAGCCCACGGAGGACUUCUUCGGAGAGCACAAAUACUUUGGCUUGGACAAGAGCAACGUCUUUAUCUUUGAACAAGGUGUCUUGCCAUGCAUCUCGAAUGAGGGUAAGAUUAUGCUAGAGAGCAAGUCUAAGGUAGCCGUUGCUCCCGAUGGCAAUGGAGGAAUCUACCAGGCCCUACUCACUGCUGGUGUAAGGGAGGACAUGCGCAAGCGUGGGAUCAAGCACAUCCACGCUUACUGUGUCGACAAUUGUCUGGUUAAGGUUGCUGACCCUGUUUUCAUCGGGUUUGCUGCCGACAAAAAGGUCGACAUUGCCACAAAGGUAGUACGGAAGCGCAACGCUACCGAGUCAGUAGGCCUGAUUCUUCAGAAGAACGGCAAGCCAGAUGUAGUUGAAUACUCCGAGAUUGACAAGGAAACAGCAGAGGCCAAGGAUCCCAAGAAUCCCAACCUGCUGAAAUUUCGUGCUGCCAACAUCGUUAACCACUACUAUUCCUUUGAGUUCUUCGACUCCAUCGAGACUUGGGUCCACAAGAUGCCUCACCACAUCGCCCGAAAGAAGAUACCUAGUGUUGAUAUUGAGAGUGGCGAGAUCGUUAAGCCUGAGAAGCCGAACGGUAUCAAGCUGGAGCAGUUCAUCUUCGACAAUUUCCCCAUGAUUGCGCUUGAGAAAUUCGCCAGUAUUGAAGUGCGCCGUGAGGACGAAUUCUCACCUCUCAAGAACGCACGAGGCACCGGAGAAGAUGACGCAGACACUAGCAAGCGAGAUAUCAUGAACCAGGGCCAGAAAUGGAUUGAGAGGGCCGGUGGGGUUGUUGUUACUGAGGGUGAUGCUGUUGGAGUUGAAGUAUCUCCUUUGAUCAGCUACGGUGGUGAAGGGCUUGAGUUCCUCAAGGGCCGCGAAAUCAAGGCGCCUGCUGUUAUUGAAAAGGAGGAGUAA